CAGACAGGAAGCCAAAUAAUCCGGGGCGUUGGGCAGCUCUCCCCCUCACAUUUUACAUUAUUGGCUAGGGGAAAAGAGCCAAGGGUCUGAGAGGAGGCUGGCUGAAGGAGGGAGGCGGAGUUCCCGUGGCCAGGCCGCCCUCACUGGCUUUAUUAAAGCAAGGCAGUCUGCUGAGGAGCCUGAGAAGCAGCAAGCCUUAGCCAACCAUGGAGAGGGACGGCUGCAGCGGUAGCCACCGGGGAACCAAGGAGAGCCGCGCAGGGAUCAGCAAGGAGCAGGGCUACGGGGACACUGCCGGGGAUCCGCAGGCAGCUGUGAACAUGUUAGCUCCCUUGGAUGUGGGGGACGAGCAGCAGCUGGAGAAAGGUGCGCGGGCACACAAAGCCAAGGAUCCCAACACCUACAAAGUACUCUCCCUGGUUCUGUCUGUCUGCAUGUUAACAACAAUCCUUGGAUGUAUAUUUGGAUUGAAACCAAGUUGUUCCAGAGAAGUCAAAAGCUGUAAGGGUCGCUGUUUUGAGAGGACAUUUGGGAACUGUCGCUGUGAUGUCGCCUGUGUUGAACUUGGAAACUGCUGUCUAGAUUACCACGAAACAUGUAUAGAACCAGAGCAUAUAUGGACUUGCAGCAAAUUCAGGUGUGGUGAGAAAAGAUUGCCAAAAAGUCACUGCUCCUGUACAGAUGACUGCAAAACCAAGGGUGACUGUUGUAUUAACUAUGACUCUGUUUGCCAAGGUGAGGAAAGUUGGGUGGAAGAAGAAUGUGAAAACAUUAUUGAGCCUCAGUGUCCAACAGGGUUUGAAAUCCCACCUACUAUUUUGUUUUCAUUGGAUGGUUUCAGGGCCGAGUAUUUGCACACUUGGGGUGGACUUCUUCCUGUUAUUAGGAAACUACAAAAUUGUGGAACACACACAACAAAUUUGAGACCAGUAUAUCCCACAAAAACCUUUCCCAAUCACUACAGUCUUGUCACGGGUCUGUAUCCUGAAUCCCAUGGAAUCAUUGACAACAAAAUGUAUGACCCCGCAAUGAAUGCUUCCUUUGCACUUAAAAACAAAGAGAAAUUCAACCCAGAGUGGUAUAAAGGAGAACCCAUUUGGCUUACAACUAAAUAUCAAGAUCUUAAGUCUGGCACAUUUUUUUGGCCUGGAUCAGAUGUGGAAAUUAAUGGAAUUCUUCCAGAUAUAUAUCAAGUGUAUAAUGGUUCCAUUCCAUUUGAAGAAAGAGUUUUGGCUAUUCUUCAGUGGCUACAGCUUCCUAAAGAUAAAAGACCACACUUUUACACUCUGUAUUUAGAAGAACCAGAUUCUUCAGGGCAUUCAUUUGGACCUGUCAGCAGUCAAGUCAUCAAGGCUUUACAGAGAGUUGACAGCAUUGUUGGCAUGUUGAUGGAUGGACUUAAAACAAUGAACUUACACAGAUGCAUCAACCUUAUUCUUGUGUCAGAUCAUGGAAUGGAACAGGGUAGCUGUAAAAAAUAUGUCUACCUGAACAAGUAUUUGGGGGAUGUUAAAAAUGUCAAAGUAUUUUAUGGUCCUGCAGCUCGAUUCAGAAUUUUUGAUGCUUCAGAUAAUCAUCAGACUCUUAAUUAUGAAGACAUUGCCCGAAAUCUUUCUUGCAGGGAACCAGAUCAGCACUUCAAACCUUAUUUGAAAGAAUUUUUACCCAAGCGUUUACAUUUUGCGAAGAAUGAUAGAAUUGAACCUUUGAUAUUCUACUUAGAUCCUCAGUGGCAACUUGCACUGAAUCCAACAGAGAGAAAAUAUUGUGGAUCUGGAUUCCAUGGCUCAGAUAAUACAUUCUCAAAUAUGCAAGCCUUCUUCAUUGCCUAUGGACCUGCAUUCAAGCAUAAUACUAAAGUUGAGCCCUUUGAAAACAUAGAAAUUUAUAACUUAAUAUGUGAUUUACUGAAUUUGAAACCAGCUCCAAAUAAUGGAACUCAUGGAAGUCUUAAUCAUCUUCUAAAGGAACCUGUUCACAUACCAGAGCAUCCCAAAGAAGUGAGCCAUCCAGCAAAAUGUCCUUUUACAAAGAAAACAAAAGACAACCUUGGUUGCUCUUGUGACUCGGCUUCAUCCAUAGUGGAUUUUCAAUCAGAGUUAAAUAUGACCACAGAAGAAGAAAAGGUGAUCAAGCGUAAUAUCUUGCCCUAUGGAAGACCCAGGGUACUUCAAAAGAACAGCACUUUUUGUCUUCUUUACCAACACCAGUUCGUAAAUGCAUAUAGCCGCGACAUCACGAUGCCACUCUGGAGUUCCUAUACUGUUGACAAAAAUGAUAGUUUUUCUGCAGAAGACUUUUCAAACUGCUUCUACCAGGACCAUCGAAUACCUCCAAGUCCCAUCCGGAAGUGUUCAUUUUAUAAAAAUAAUCCAAAGCUAAGUUAUGGAUUCCUCUACCCUCCACAACUUACUAAAGGCUCCAAUAACAGAUACCAGGAAGCCCUGAUUACUAGUAAUAUAAUACCAAUGUACCAGAGUUUUCAAGUCAUAUGGAAUUACUUCCAUAAUGUCCUACUCCCAAGAUAUGCUGGAGAAAGGAAUGGAGUCAAUGUAGUCAGUGGCCCUGUGUUUGACUCAGAUUACAAUGGACUGUAUGAUACUCCAGAGAUCCGAAAACAAAACAGCAAACGCAUCAGUAAUCAAGAAGUCCUGAUACCCACUCAUUACUUCAUUGUACUAACAAGUUGCAAAAAUAAAACCCAGACUCCCUGGCGGUGUGAGAAUUCUUUAGAGACUCUAGCAUUCAUCAUCCCUCACAGGACAGACAACAGUGAAAGUUGUACUCAUGGGAAACAGGAAUCCUCAUGGGUGGAAGAGCUGCUGAAGCUUCAUAGAGCCCGUGUCACCGAUGUUGAAAUUAUCACAGGACUAAGCUUCUAUCAAGACAGAAAAGAGUCUGUCUCAGACAUUUUGAGGUGGAAAACAUAUUUGCCAACAUUUAAUCAAGAAGACUGAUCUUAUUUUUUGCCUGCUAUAUUUCUCUUUGAGAGAACUUUACAUUUCACAGAAAAGAGAAAAAUACAUUUUCUAUAGUAUUCUAUUCCCAGUGUCAUAUAUUAGCAUGUUGAUUGGAAACACUCAGCCAAAAGAAUUGGGAAUUGUUCAUGUGACACUCAUAUCUCAGGGAAACUUGUUGGACUAAGAGUAGCAGUAGGAGGGAGGUCCUAAUGUCUUAGACAAAUAUGAAUAUAUAAGAAUGGCAUGAGUUGUUUAAGCCCUGGGGAUAAAACCAAAGGAUAUGAAAAUUCUUUUCCAUUUCUCUUUAUCCUGGGAGGAGAAGAGUAAGUAAAUUUAAAAAUCUUCUGACAGUUUUAUUUCUAUUUUUUUGAUGAUUAAUGUACUCCCAUAAAGCCCGUGUAAAGGAGACUAAAGAGUGGUUCUUUGACAUUCCACAUUGCAUUAGCAUUUUAACAGAAGUUAAAAAGGUGAUAUUAUAUCACUUCUAACUAGGUGGCUUUUUAUUUUUUUAUUGAUCAGAAUAAAUGGGAGCAAAAAAAAUCACUCACGCACUUUCUACAAAAAUGAAAAUACAUGUCUGGUCAGUCAACUUAUUAGAGUAGAGAGAGGGUAGAUUUUGGAAUCAUUAAUCAAUUCAGAAAAAAAAAAGACUAAAGUUCUGGUCACAUAUCUUAGCUGUGUGAUCAUGGAUAAGUCACUUUGUAGUGCUCUGGGCAACUCUCUAAGACUGAAUUACAGACAAAAUGCCAAUGUGCAUUGGAGGAAGAAAUUUCUUCACCAGGAAUUCCCUACACUUGUGAAAUCACAAGAAUCCCUGCCAAAGUCAAUAAAUAAAUCCUAUGUGAUCCUUCUUCAAUUUGAAUGAAGUUAUUAUUUGUGGGAAGACCUACAACUGAACUGUACCUAUUUAUUGUAAAAGUUUAUUGUGGAGAUAAUUAGCUCUCUAUUUUGAUUUAUUCAAAGAGGAACCCAGUUAUAUUUCAGUACUAUUGAACUAGACAUUGGGAGAAAAAAAUCUUUCUGUGUUCUAAAAGUGAUCAUUUUAAACUGUAAUGUGAAUUAGGGUACAUCAAAUUUCACUGAAACAUUCAUAGAAGUCCCCAGCAAAGGCAAUAAGGUUUGUAUAUUUAACUUAUUCUAGCCAUUUCAGGUAAGGGAAAGUAGUCAUAAACCUUAGUGGUUGGAAAUGUACUUAUGUAGCUUCUAAGAGUUCAAUUGGCUUAUUAUAGCUACUGAACCAACAUUUUUUUUUGUAUAUAACAUUGGCACUACUGUCUCCAGCAUUUGUGGAUGUGAAGGUUUUGCCAGUAACUGGUGAUGGGUCUGGAGAUAUUGUAGCCCCAUCCCUCUUAAUCUCCCUUUGGAAUAAGAGAGAAUACAAUGAGCGUGAUUUUCUCAGGACUUAAGCUAUAUUCCCUGGUCCCAAAUUAGGAACCUUUGGAGGCUGUACUUCCUUUUUGGACACCUAGCAUACUAUUUAAUUGCUUCUGAAGUCCACCAUAUAUUUUUAUUUCCUCAUUCUUUGAUGUGGUCUAUUACCAGAUGGCCACAAAGAAUGCACAUGACUCUCAAAGGUACUGAAUUUGCAACUUGACAAUAGCUUGGAGUUACUUGGAGAAUAUAGCUCAUUUACUUUUAUUUAUUCUUUAAAAGAACAGAGAAACACAUGUAAGACUUCACUCAACUAUUGUGAAGCCUGUUAGAAAAGCUUAGCUAAGUGUGUAAGUCUUAUCUUUAUGCUAUACUGUCAUUGGGAUGCCAGGAUGGCUUGUCCCUCAUACAUGGAGCUUAUCCGCACACUACCAUUUUCUUUCUGCUACUGGCAUUAUUCAUUAGUGUCAAAAAGAUCAAUUUGUUAUAAUGUGUCACUAUGUUCCUCCAGCUUUGUAAUAGCAAAUUCAUUAAAAAUAUAUAUUUAUAUGUAAUAAAAACAUUCUGUU